GGGUGAGGGCAGGGACGGAGAUUGGUGCCUCCCGCAGGAAGGAAAGAGGGUCUACCCGGAGCCGCGGAGCGAGAGUGAGUGCCUGAGCAACAUCCGCGAGUUCCUGCGUGCCUGCGGGGCCUCCCUGCGCCUGGAGACAUUUGAUGCAAAUGAUUUGUAUCAGGGGCAGAAUUUUAACAAGGUCCUCAGUUCCUUAGUGACUCUAAAUAAAGUAACAGCAGACAUUGGACUAGGGAGCGACUCCGUAUGUGCUCGGCCCUCUUCGCAUCGGAUCAAGUCUUUUGACUCCCUGGGAUCCCAGUCUUCACACAGUCGGACUUCAAAAUUGUUCCAGGGCCAGUACCGAAGUUUGGACAUGACUGAUAACAGCAACCAUCAGCUGGUAGUGAGAGCCAAGUUCAAUUUCCAGCAGACCAAUGAAGAUGAGCUCUCGUUCACGAAGGGUGAUGUCAUCCACGUCACUCGAGUGGAGGAAGGAGGCUGGUGGGAAGGCACGCACAAUGGCAGGACUGGCUGGUUCCCCAGCAACUAUGUGCGUGAGAUCAAGCCAAGUGAGAAACCUGUGUCUCCCAAAUCAGGAACUUUGAAGAGCCCCCCCAAAGGGUUUGACACAACUGCCAUCAACAAGAGCUAUUACAACGUGGUGCUACAGAAUAUUUUAGAAACAGAAAAUGAAUAUUCUAAAGAACUUCAAACCGUGCUUUCAACUUACCUACGGCCAUUGCAGACCAGUGAGAAGUUAAGUUCAGCAAAUACUUCAUAUUUAAUGGGAAAUCUAGAGGAGAUAUGUUCUUUCCAGCAAAUGCUUGUACAGUCUUUAGAAGAAUGCACCAAGUCACCCGAGGCCCAGCAGAGAGUUGGUGGCUGCUUUCUGAACCUGAUGCCACAAAUGAGGACCCUGUACCUUGCCUACUGUGCCAACCACCCAUCUGCCGUGAGCGUCCUUACAGAGCACAGCGAGGACCUGGGGGAGUUCAUGGAGACAAAAGGUGCCAGCAGCCCUGGGAUCCUGGUGCUGACCACUGGCCUCAGCAAACCAUUCAUGCGCCUGGACAAAUACCCCACGCUGCUCAAGGAGCUGGAGAGACACAUGGAGGAUUAUCAUCCUGAUAGACAAGACAUUCAGAGAUCCAUGACUGCCUUCAAAACCCUUGCGGCCCAGUGUCAAGAAGUACGAAAAAGGAAAGAGCUUGAGUUGCAGAUCCUGACGGAAGCCAUCCGAAGCUGGGAGGGAGAUGACAUCAAGACCCUGGGCAAUGUCAUUUACAUGUCCCAGGUCAUGAUCCAGUGUGCAGGAAGUGAGGAAAAGAAUGAAAGAUACCUUCUGCUCUUCCCAAACCUUUUGCUAAUGUUGUCUGGCAGUCCCAGGAUGAGUGGUUUCAUCUAUCAGGGAAAGCUACCAACGACAGGAAUGACAAUCACAAAGCUUGAGGACAGUGAAAAUCAUAGGAAUGCGUUUGAAAUAUCAGGGAGCAUGAUCGAGCGGAUACUGGUGUCCUGCAACAACCAGCAGGACCUGCAGGAAUGGGUGGACCAUCUGCAGAAGCAGACGAAGGUCACAUCUGCGGGCAACCCCACCAUCAAGCCCCACUCCGUGCCAUCUCACACUCUCCCCUCGCAUCCCGUCACCCCAUCCAGCAAGCAUGCAGACAGCAAGCCCAUGGCUCUGACACCUGCCUACCACACGCUCCCCCACCCCUCCCACCAUGGUGCCCCGCACACCACCAUCAGCUGGGGGCCCCUGGAGCCUCCAAAGACCCCCAAGCCCUGGAGUCUGAGCUGCCUGCGGCCCGCGCCCCCUCUCCGGCCCUCAGCUGCACUCUGCUACAAGGAGGAUCUUAGUAAGAGUCCCAAGACCAUGAAAAAGCUGCUGCCGAAGCGCAAACCUGAACGGAAGCCUUCAGACGAGGAGUUCGCCUUGCGGAAAAGCACGGCGGCUCUGGAAGAAGAUGCUCAGAUUCUGAAGGUCAUCGAGGCUUACUGCACAAGCGCCAAGACACGGCAGACCCUCAACUCAAAAUACCUGCUUUGGGACUGUGGUAACUAGCGCGGCAGCUUCGAUGCCUUGGCUGCGCCUUCGUUGGUGCGGUUGCCAGUUAGUGCUGCGGGACCACAGUGAGGUGCAGCUGCCGCACUUGGACUUCCUUCAGCCCAAGUCUCAUUUGGUUGUCAUCAGUUUCUCUGCACCAAAGUUCUGAUGCUUUGCCAUCAUUUCUUUUUGUAUCAGUGAAAGCCACUUGAUGAUUUUUGUUGAUGAUGAGAUCACUACAGAAUAAUAGUCUGGCUUUUUCUUUAUUUGAAUUCAUUUCAAAAUCUGACACCAUUGGCUUUUUUUGACCUGGUUAGAAGUGUUAGUGCACAGGCCUGGAAGAUGGUCUUCAUGUAGCAGGUGACAGACAUCCAAAGGCCAGCCUGUGUACUUCCGUGGGACGUCAUUCGUGCUCACACUCGAACUUCAGGCUUCUGCAAGCCUGCCUUCUGAUAUGGUUGAUUUCAUGACAGAAGGUUGAAGGUUGGGCUAGGAGGCAGGUCUAGGCCAGCGUCAGACCUUCUACAGAUGUUCCCAUUGAACUAACAUGCGCCAGAAGUAUUUAAUACGCUAUCUAAUUUUGUGUUUUGCCUAAAAUUGCCAAAACACAGUAAUGUGUAUAUAGUGGUAUAAGAUCUUGGACAAAAGCUAUAUAUUGUGCUCUUUAUCUGUGAAUGGGAAAAGCCAUUUUUAGUACAUGACUGCCAUUUGAAAAUUCACUUGGAUGUAUAUCUGAAUGUUGCAUUGUAUUGUACAGUAUGCAUAUUAUUGUUUGUGGUUGCA